GACAUCUGUCUUACAGCUUUUAUAUGUCAGUAAUAACAACAAGUUGUGUCAAUAAAAUGAUUGAAUCCGCUGAAACAGUUCGUUCUAUAAAUUUUGUACAUAAACAAAUUUUCCGUCGUGAAAAUGUUUUGAAAUUGCAUUAGUAAUUAUGGCUAAUUCCGAAAAAAUGGUAUCACAUCCGUUAAACCCUAGUAAUGUGAGACACGAUGACCGGACACCGGACAAAAAUUCAAAAUCCAAGUCAACAAAAAGUAUCCGGAAAAGAAAGCGUCGGAAUUCUUCAACUGAUGAAGAGGAAUUUGAUACAUCAAUCGAUAUGAAAUUGGAGCAGAGUGCCAUGCGAAAUAAUUUAACGCCACAAAAUGUGAAAAACAUAUUACAAAAAGUUGUGCGUAAUGAUCAUGUGUUGGCGAUCGUGAAGUUAAAAGAAGAAGAGCUUGAGCGUCGAGAACAAGCUAUGAAAUAUCCACACAUGGGUAAUGAUAUAAACACUGAAGAGUCAAAAGUCACAGAGAACGAUGGCGUCGAUGAAUUGGACAAUGCUGUACCCAAGUUAACAAGGGCAAAAGCAAAGGCCUUGAACAAAUACCCUUUGCCAGUUGCUCCUCUCAAACCACAUUCUGAACCUGAUUCAGAGGUGGUCGCUUUAAUACGCGAAGAGUUGCAUUCCGAUGAUGACGAUGAUGAGUAUCAACCUGGGGAAGAUGAUAUUGAGUCUGAUGACGAGAUAAAUACAACGCAUUCAGAUAUUGACUCUCAACCGGCAACACCCUCGAGUCAAAUAGAUGCGUCAGAGGAAGUUCAAAAUGCUGUUUAUACACAUGACGGCCUAUUUAAAAUACCAAGGUUACGAAAUGAUAGUACAACCUCUCAAUCAGAACAAGAAUAUAUAAUUGCGCAAAGGACUCGAUCGAAGAUUAGCUUAGCCGAAACUCCUAUUGAAGCUAUUGAAUCGACCUUCAGAGCACCUGAUGCUCCUCUAGAUAUGUAUCAAAUGGAACCUGAUGUAGAUCCAAAUUGGAUACAAUUUUUAAAUAACUUUUCGAUGCCAUUAACUUCGGAAAUUGAAAAGGACGAGGAUGCGGAUCCAGAUUAUUGUCCAAUGAUAGUGGACAGCCAACCAGAUGACCGCGAGGAAUUUCAGCAUGUUAAUGUAUCAAAAAAAGAGGUCAAUGAUUUAUUGAAUGAUUGGUACAGCUGCAUUGAUAUAAACUUUUUGGACCUAAAUGAGUUUGAUACUCUAACACUUGACACAAGUUCAUCAAAACAUCCGCCUACCGCUACAGAUGAUUUGAAUGAAAGUUUAGUGACGCCUGUGAAGCAGAUUGACGAGCCUGAACCAAACAAAUACCAAACACCAUCAGAGACAGCAGAAGUACCCGUUGACUCGCCGGAAAUACCUUCUAAUCCCGGAAUAAGUUACUUUGAUCCAAGUGCGAUAUCAACACCAUCGAAACCGAAUUACAUUAACAGCCCCACUACUCGUAUACAUCGAACACAACAACAAUCGCUCAAUUCAUCGAAUAGUACUUUACUUUCGGUCAAUGAGACCACGACAGUACACAAUACAUCUUAUCCAUAUGCUUAUUCGGUUAAACCUCUCCAAGACAAAACAUCGGUGUUUGUGCCAGUCAUGACAUUCACCACAAAUUCGAAUGCUUCGCCCCAUGAAUUGACAUUAUCUUAUCCCAGCUCGAUUUUGGUAACAAUACCGUCAGAUGCAACAUCAACUACACCAGCGAUGCCUCCAACUAUGAUCUCAUCAAUACAAUCAAUUCAUAAUAGCAAUCAAAUGUUGCAAAUGAGCCAACAACAAAUCGGAGCUGGACAAACAAUCAAGAGGCCAGGAUGCCGAGCAAAAAGGUCCCGGUUCAAAAGUGCUGUGUACAAGGAACUAGAGAAUCUAGAUCCGAAUACGCUAAUACCAAAGAAUGACUUAAAUGGAAGUGGUUUCACGAGUGAACAGCGGUUAAUUUUGGAAAGUCAUCUACGGAUUCACGUCCAACUCUCUACACAAAGCUAUCUUCAAACGUAUGGUCAUCCAGAACUUUAUCCUGAAGCUCAAAGAGUCAAACGAUUCCUGGUCGAAAUAAUGGAAAUAAUUGAUAAAUGCGAAUCAUCGGUGUCCAUUUACAAUUUAAAACCUGCUAUGGAAUUAAUCACUGGUUGGGAAAAUGAAUUGUCUCAAAAUACCAUUGAGAAUACUGAACUUUACACAUAUAUGCAAGAAGAAAUGAAUAAACUACGUAAAAAUGUGGGAUACACAAUGCAAUUCCAUGAACGAAUACUACGGUUAAUUUGUGAGAGUAAGGUUUUCAUCUAUCCAGAAUUACUACCAGCUAUUCCAUUUCGUUUCAAGACACCGAAGUCAUCCGAAUAUUUUCCGGCUGAAGAUUAUUUGCUUGCUUUCCUUUUGGAGCAUUUUUUUGAAGAGCUUCGAAAGAAAAAUGUGACCUACAGAUUUGCUAAGCCAAAAGAAGUAACUCUUUCAUCCGUUUGUCACAACAUAUCAGCUCACUUGAGUUAUCUGCGUCACUAUAAGUCCAUUUAUGAUUAUAUUCGGUUAAGACGGGACUGCGAGUUCAUGAAUCCAAUCAAAUUCUAUUUCAAGCAUAAACGAGCUCCACCAAUUCGUCAUCGUUAUGAAGUAUUUAAUUCUGAUUUGAUCAUUGAACCCGCCAAACAGCCAAUAACUGUGUUAUCCACACAAUGGGCACGAUAUGUAGAAAAGCUCAUUGGUUUUAAACAUGAUGAGGUACUACAAAAGAUAAAAACGCCGCCCAAUGAUUGUGAAAAAGAGACGAAAAGAAGAACCACCAAUGAAAAUACCCAUAACAGUACCAAUGAUGAUAAAAAUUCUUUAAUUCACGUGAAAAUCCUUUAUGGACACAGUGAAGCAAAUCAAUUAAUACAUAAUAAAAAAGUGGAAACUGGAACGGUACACGGCAUAAGUGAUAACAGUGAGGGUUUAAUCAAGGGACAAACAUUGUUAACGUCAUAUUUUCAUCCACUACGAAAAGCAACCAAAGAUUUCAAUCACGAUGAUGAAAUUUCAAUCGAAGUAGAAGAACCGGCUGACCUGACAACUGACGAUAUCGUUGUGACUGACAGAAUUUAUUUCUUUUGGCAUAGAAAACGAAUUUGCAAAAAAUAUAGAAGACUGAGAUUAUGUAAAUAUUCACUUCGGCAACGUACAAAACUAUUUUUGGUACAUCUGAUUUCAAGAAUACGCAAAAAAUUCUCUCCCCAUUGGCAACGAUUUCGACGAAAUAAAAACGUAUCUUUUGCAUAUCGGUGUAUAAUCAGUUAUCAUUUAUUUACAACUGAAUUUAUAAAUCGUCAAAGUUAUAAGAUAUCAAAAGUGCCAGCCAAAAUGUCCACAGAAGCAUUGGUUACAAAUCGUCGUGUUCAAAAAUUCAUUUCAAGCGACAAUGCCAGCGGUAGCCAUGCCAGAGAAAUGGCGGAAGAAAAUACGGCUGCGCAUACAGUCCAACAACAAAGUGAAGUCGGACAACAAGUGAAGCGUUUGCUAAAAAAUCAACGAAGUAAUGAUAGUACUCGAUUAUUGCUUACCGAAAAUGCCCAGGAAUCAUCGGAGAAAGACUUUUUAUUUGCGCAGCGAUUCAUAGACCGUGUCGAGGAAACUUUUAUAAAUGAGAAUAAGCAUCAUAAAUUUACUGAAUUUAUUAGCAUUCUGCGUAAUUUCAGCGAAAACCAGCAACAAAAAACUGGAGCUGAUUUGUAUUUGACUUUGGAGAAAUUCCUGAUGCCAGAUUAUCCAGACCUCAUGGAACUAUUUCUAUGUUUUCUGUCGCCCAGCGAUGCAGUUGAAAUCAAUAAAACAAUGGACUAUUUUCUGAAAGUUAACUCCACCAAAUUUCUGAAUAAACUGAAUAUUUUCUUCCAAAAGCAACCAGCACAGAUUCGCAAAGUGCUUGCGUGUUUGAAGGAGCUAAGUGAAGAUCCAGAUGUAACAAUAGAUCGAAUUCGAUCGAAAAUUCUACCACUAUUGAAAGGCAAUCAACUUUUAAUUGAUUGGUUCAUACAGUGUGUUGCUCCAGAUAAGUGUGACAGUACCAAAGAUGAAUACGAAACACUGGUACUGCGAAAAGGAAACGAGUCUUUUGAUGCUGAUCAAUUUGAGUAUAUCCCGCAAAGCGAAGUUAUUGCAGAUCCAAAUGAAAAUCCCUGCCACAUUCGCUAUAUGAAUGGGAGAAUUUUUUAUGGCAACAGAUUCCCAUUGCCUGCGAAGCUUUCUUUCAGCGCAACAAUACCUUGUUCUUCUGAUUCGCUCGAACCUGAAAAGCAAUCAGUUAUGGGAAGCGGCGACAAAAAUUUACAUUAUCAUUGCGUCCACAAUAUCAAAGACUUUGCCGAUAGUAAGAUGCGUGACCGCCAUCAUUUGGAAGUCGGAAACAGUGGUCCAACUGAGGACGUUGAUAAUAGUGACGACGAGCAACACUUUUCAAUACCUUUCGAAAAAAUGGAUGAGGAAGAUGGUGAAUCGGUUUCCAAUCACAUUCUUUGUGAUGACGCUUCAUUAAGAGCCCACUCAAUCAGACUGAAUCCAUCAUUGCAUUUACCAGUACAGACAAAAUCAGCUCACAUUCGUAAAACCAAUUCUCCAAAUGCGAAAAAAAUGGCAUUAGAUGGAUCUAAAUCACCAAUUAAUAAGAAAACCGUGUCACCUCUUUCGAUGACGCCGCAAAAUGUUGAAAGUGGAUCUACAGUCCAACAAGAAUCAAAUGUCAUUCAAACUGCAAAAAAACUAAAACGUAUUCUGGAAACAAGUGAUCAAAUGGCAUCAAAUAGCUGUCUACCAAAUCCAACGGAUGACUCUUCAAGACGUGUCAACACUUUGCAAAAAAAGAAAAGUCACAUGCUUUCUAAACCGAUUAAAAAACAAAAACGUGCUCAUGAGUACUGCGAUUCAGGUGAUGAUGAGGGAGAAACUGUAGAAGAGUUCGAAUCAAAAACACGAAAUGAUAUCAACAUCCGAAAAAUAGAUACAUUGCCGGAAAUCCAAGGUCAAUGGACUCGAGAGGAAGACAGACUACUGCUCGAACAAAUAAAAGCCGGCCUGUCCAUGACCGGUCUAGAUAUGAACCGUUUCCCGAACAAAACGCAAGACCAAAUUUCGCAUCGCAUCGACUUUCUAAUAGAUUUUCUCACCAAAUUACGAAAUAAACAAAACUAAAAUUGAUAGAGUAUACAUAAAACACAAAGUUAAUAAAAUUAUACAUAUGUAUUUUUUUCAAUAUAUAUCUAUAUUAAAUAUAGAAAUGUUUCAAAAUUCA